AGGUGCAGAGGAUCACAACCCAUUAGGGUUUUUAAGUUUGGGUUUAUUCCAACCUCAUCUCUCUGCCGCACUGGCUAGGGUUUUCUUCUUUCAUCCAAUCCUUCUAUUUCUCUGACGCUCACACUCUUUUCUUCCUCCUUAGCUCAAUCCUUUCCCUUUGAUUUUUUAUACCUUUUCUUUUAUCUUCAAUCCUUCUUGCUUCUUCAUGGAUCUCACUCAUCUCUGAGAAGUUUUCGUUUCUGGGGUUCCGUUUUUCACUUUGCAGUUCGUCGUCUGGGUGUCAUUUGCAAGUUCUAGGUUGAACGGAUAUGGCAACCAUGAACCCCUUUGAUCUCUUGGUCGACGACGACAACGAGGACCCUAAUCAGCUUGCUUCCGCUCAGCGCUCCGCUCCUGCGCUCCCCUCUAAGAAAGCCCCUGCUCCGGCUCAGCCUGCCAAACCGGCUAAGCUUCCUUCCAAGCCCCUCCCUCCUGCUCAGGCUGUAAGGGAGUCAAAGAAUGAAAAUAGCCGUGGUGGUCGUGGUGGCGGACGUGGCUUUGGGCGAGGACGCGGUGGUGGUGGUGGAGGAUUCAACAGAGACUCAGCCAACAAUGAAAAUAGUGGCAGGAAUGGAUUCUCUGAUCGUUACCAGACACCUGAAGAUGGUGAAAAGGCAGCUGAAAGGCGUGGUUAUGGUGCUCCCCGCGGAUCUUUCCGUGGUCCUCGUCGAGGAGGCUUUAGCAAUGGUGAAGCUGAAGAAGGGGAACGACCCCGAAGAGUAUAUGAACGCCGGAGUGGAACUGGGCGUGGAAACGAGUUUAAGCGCGAUGGGGCUGGUCGUAGGAACUGGGGUGCACCUGGUGAUGAAAAUGCCCCGGAUGUGGAAGAGCCUGUUGCUGAAAAUGAGAAGAAUGUUGCUCCAGAGCAACAAUUGGGAGAGGAUGGAGUUGAUGAUAACAACAAAGCCGAGGAGGCUGUGCAGGAACCAGAAGAGAAGGAGCCUGAGGAUAAGGAGAUGACCCUCAAAGAGUAUGAGAAGCUCCGUGAAGAGAGUAGGAAACUGCUGGCAAAGACUGAGGUGAGGAAGGCCGAGGUGGAUGAGGAAUUAGAGAACAUGCAGCAGCUUUCCAGCAAGAAGACCAAUGAUGAAAUAUUUGCUAAAUUGGGUACUGAUAAGGAUAAGCGCAAGGAUGUUGCUGACAAGGAGGAGAGAGCUAAGAAAUCUGUGACUAUUACUGAGUUCCUGAAACCUGCGGAAGGUGAGAGGUACUACAACCCUGGCGGUCGUGGUAGAGGCCGUGGGCGAGGCUCUAGAGGUGGGUUCAAUAACGGAAGCAACAGAAUGAAUGUGGCAGCUCCCUCCAUUGAGGAUCCCGGGCAGUUUCCUUCGUUGAGUGCCAAGUGAGAAUUUUACCACUUAAAAAAUGGCCCCUAUUUUGUCACUACAUUUUAAAGUUUUCUUGAGAUAAUCAGAUCAGGAUUUUUGAGUUACAAUUACCAACAGGAUUCUGAGACUCCCUCUCUAAUGCUCUGCUAUGUAGUGUAAAUCUUGGAUGUUAUGGUCUUGAAUGGUCGUAAGUUAUGCAUCAAUUUUGAUUUUUUUAA